GUAUUUCCAGUAGUAAGUAGGUAUUUAGGGAGGAAAGAAGGAACAGAGGUAUUUAAACUGAAAAUAGGCUUAUGGAGGGCUGUUGUGUGAAACCCAGGACUUGCUGCUGAUAGCUAGGAACCGGUUUGAUGAAAUACUGGAGUGAUUUGGGAAGGAUGAGAGUUCAUAGAGGUUGCUUGCUUCCCUCUGGUUUCUCUCCUGACCAUCAGCUCCAGUUAUGUAAAGGCUGGUUUCCCUCGUGCUGCAUCGGGCUGCAGGUCAGCGUGGAGGGAAUCCUCCUCUUGUAAUGCACACUUCAACCCCUCUGUCACACAGUGAGCUCCCUGGCAGCUGCAAUUUUCGACCCCGAGUUGCAGAUUUGCAGCCCUGCAGCGUUUGUGCUCGCCGGGGAGGCUGGCAGGCAGCGCUGCAGCCACCGGGCCAGGGCAGUUAUGUAACCGGAGCUCUCCUGUAAAAUAUUUAACAUCCUUAGGUGGGGAUAGGAAGGCUUCGCUUGGGGUGGUGUUUUGGAUGUGUUUUGUGAUGUAAAUGUGGGAUUGUGCUGGGCUGUGCACUGAGGAAGGGCUCCUCAGUGGGUGUUCAGGGAUGACCUAUUUGUAGUAAUAAUCUUUGCCUGGAGCAGCUUCUCUGGUAGAUCACAUUCUCCAGUAUCCCCCCUGCAUUUGUUUCUCUGCCAUCCUGUUUGUGUGCUGCUUGGGCUUCUUUAUUUUUGUUUUGAAUAGAUCUCCUUCUUCAAUUCCUUUAGGAGCUUCCUUUAAAAAAUACUAAUAUUUUUUUAAAAAUAAAUCCUCAAAGCACUUUUCCAUCAUAACUUUUUGCACUGUUAUCUCCCCAUCAGUUGCUCACCCGGGCUUUCAUGAUGAUUAAGCAAGACCAUUUGUAAGAGAAUUAACUGUCUGCAGGGAGUUUCCAGAGCAUUUCUGUGGUACCCAUCAUGGCAUGGAAGCAGCUCCAUGGAGCCAGAGCCAGCCCACAUCUCCUCAGUGUUGGGUGUUGUGCUGCUCUUCCUGUAACACAAGGGAAAUGUUGUUUUCAGGUGAUUUUUGGUUCACAGACAGCACCUGCCAGUGCUCUACACUUAAAACACAUCUUCCCUACUUCCCAGUUCUUCCCUACUUCCCAGUUCAUGCUGUUUGUUAAAGUCACCCUGAAUGUAGCUUUAAUCUACUGACAGCAAUCAUCUUCCUCCAUGGAAAUGUAACAGACUGUAUUUCAUGAAACUUAAUUAAUGGAUGGGUUUUGCUUUUGAAAGUAAGUCAACAGAAAAGCUUUGAAAGCCUCUGUCAGUUACUGGAUGUGCAAUUUAAAUGAGAAAUGGGUAUUAAGAAAAUUAGAGUUUCUAUCUGCCUCUGAUACUUGCUGAUGUUGGGAAUUCUAUGUCCAUUCUCAGGUAAAUGCCAUUAUUGACCCAAAAUAGCAUUAACAUUUUCCCUUGUAUUUUUACAGUGAAAGGCAAAGAACAAGAAAAGACCACAGAUGUGAAAGCAAUUAAAACUCCAGUCCCAGUACAUUCCCCUCAGAGAAGCACUAGGAAUCAUGCCUUGCUGGAGGCUGCAGGACCAAGCCAUGUGGCCAUCAAUGCCAUCUCUGCCAACAUGGACUCCUUCUCCAGCAGCCGCACAGCUGCCCUCAAGAAGCAGCCGAGUCACAUGGAAGCUGCUCACUUUGGAGACUUAGGCAGAUCGUGUCUGAACUACCAGGCUCAAGAGACCAAAUCAAGCCUUUCCAAGACCCUUGAACAAGUCCUGCAGGACAGCGUAGCCCUCCCUUACUUCAUCCAGUUCAUGGAGCUGCGCAGGAUGGAGCACUUGGUGAAAUUCUGGUUAGAGGCCGAGAGCUUCCACUCCACCACCUGGUCCCGCAUCCGCGCGCACAGCCUGAACACGGUGAAGCAGAGCUCGCUGGCGGAGCCGGUGUCCCCCUGCAAAGAGCAGGAGCUGGCCUCCUCUCCUCCCGCUGGCUGGCUGGAGGAGAGGCUGGAGCUCCGGCCCCAGCCCGGCGGAACUGCCGGCAGCCAGAACCGCGCGGCGCUGCCGGGCCGGGCCAGCCGCGGCACCGCGCCGCCUCCCGGGAAUCCGCACGCGGGGACUCGCGCUCCUCCAGCCGAGCAGCAGGAGUCUGCCAAGCUUUCCGUAUCGAACAGAAACAGCCCCUCCUCUGCACUAAAGGACUUGUCAGGAAAACUCAUGAAAAGUAUAGAACGGGAUGCAGUUAGUACUUUUACCAAAUAUAUUUCUCCAGAUGCUGCUAAACCAAUCCCUAUUACAGAAGCAAUGAGAAAUGACAUAGUUGCAAAGAUCUGUGGGGAGGAUGGCCAAGUGGAUCCCAACUGCUUUGUUACAGCACAGUCCAUAGUGUUCCAUGCAAUGGAACAAGAGCACUUUAGCGAGUUCUUGCGGAGUCACCAUUUCUGUAAAUACCAGAUUGAGGUGCUGACCAGUGGGACUGUGUAUCUGGCUGACAUUCUGUUCUGUGAGUCAGCCCUCUUCUACUUCUCUGAGUACAUGGAGAAGGAAGAUGCAGUUAAUGUAUUGCAGUUCUGGUUGGCAGCAGAUAACUUCCAGUCUCAGCUGGCUGCCAAAGAAGGCCAGUAUGAUGGGCAAGAAGCACAGAACGAUGCCAUGAUUUUGUAUGACAAGUACUUCUCCCUGCAGGCCACGCACCCUCUGGGCUUUGAUGACUCUGUGAGGCUGGAGAUUGAAUCCAACAUCUGCAGGGAGGGGGGGCCUCUCCCCAACUGCUUCACCACUCCCUUAAGGCAGGCAUGGACAACCAUGGAGACGGUUUUCCUACCUGGUUUCUUGUCCAGCAACCUUUACUACAAAUACUUGAAUGACCUCAUCCAUUCAGUACGAGGGGAUGAAUUCCCAGGAGGGAGCAUUGCACUGAGUAUUCAUGGCCCUGGUAGCUCUCCUGACAGUGAUUCCAUAGGGAGCACGGAUGGCUCUGCCUCCCAGUCCAAUGUCAAAAAGGCUAAUGUUAAAAUCCUGAAAAAUUUUGAUGAAGCAAUAAUUGUAGAUGCUGCAAGUCUGGAUCCAGAAUCUUUGUAUCAACGAACAUAUGCAGGGAAGAUGACAUUUGGAAGAGUCAGUGACCUGGGCCAGUUCAUCAGAGAAUCUGAACCAGAGCCUGAUGUCAAAAAAUCAAAAGGGUCCAUGUUUUCACAAGCAAUGAAGAAAUGGGUUCAAGGAAAUACAGAUGAGGCUCAAGAAGAGAUGGCUUGGAGGAUAGCAAAGAUGAUUGUCAACGACGUCAUGCAGCAGGCGCAGUGUGAGCAGCCUUUGGAGAAGGUAUGAUUUUAGAAACUCCAGGACAGGAAAUCUGGUUUUCCACUUUGAGAAUGAGUGAACUUUCCCUAUUGGUGGAUUCUUUAACACAGCCAAUAAAAACAAAGCACUGUUACUUCAACAGCUGGAAUCCCCCUCAUUUCUAAGGAAGAAUGAAAAAGAAGCAAUCCUGGACCUCCACUGUAGAGAGUGAAGAAACACUUUUCCCUGGUGUAUGUGGCAUUCACAGUAAUGAUGGUUCCAAGAUGAAGAUGCAGUUUACAAAUGUGUCACUGAGAAACUGUGAUUGAUUUCACAAAUACUUGACCCUGUCUCAAAAAAAAAAAGUCAAGCAAAAUAUCUGUAAUGGGACACAGAGGCCACAACAGAGGGGAAGGUUUUGCUGUAGUUUCUGGUUCUACUGCUUGUAAUUUUUAAACACAGAAUUGGAAGGGCUGUGGGGCAAAUCCGUUGGCAGUGAAUGACCUGGAAAGUUCUAAGUUUAAUUUUCCGUUACUUGAAAUAGAUGAGUAUUCAACUGUAAAAUAAAUGUAUUUUACUUCAUAACUGCAUUAACUUUGAAGGCAUUCUAGAAGGGUCAGGAACUCCUCCUUGUCGAGCUCCUACACCUGCACACACACACACACCUCCCCUGCUUCCACCACGGGGCAGAUCCAAGGCUGGUCCUGCAGCCCCUCUGCUCCCACCUUGGACCCUGCAGACUGCUCCACGUCCUGUCCUCACCAUCCCACGAGCAAGGAAAAAAGGAAUUGCUGCCAUUCUCCAUCGCUUGUUGUCCUCCACCCAAUGUAGGCUCUAACUCCAGAUGUUUGGUUUACAAAGAAAAACAGUUUUUAAUGACCUCUGGCCGCCUUCCUGACACUGUCAACACUUACCAUGUUACACAGCACCUUUUUUUUCCCCCAGCAAAUCGAUUUUGCAGGGUAGCAGAAGUACUCAGUGUCUCACCCUUGUUACUGCUGCAUUUUUAGUAUACAACACUUUUAUUUUGGGUCUUUUUUUUUUUUUUACUCUAAUGAUUGCUUUUUUCCUCAAACGUGUGCAAAGAAAUCACUAUGCGAAGAACUCAAAUCAUUUCCAAUGUUCAGAAUAUCUUGAUUGACUAGAAAGUGUUAUUCUGUUGCAAUAUUUGAUUGUAUAGAGACACACUGUAUUGUUAUGAAAAAGCAAAAAAGGCUGUGUAUAGGUUUUUGGUACUAUGUACCACUUCUUAUUUCUCUCAUACCCAAGCAUUCAUGUACUUAAAAACUACUCUAUUUAAUUGUGUUUUGAUUUAAAAUAUAUAAAUAUUAAAAUUUG